GUAUAUUUCAAUUAAUAAAAAAAAUAGUAUACCCAGCAGAGAAGAAGACAUCUGUUGAUUUCAGUCUCUCGCGUAUAGCUGCUUUACUCCAUUGAUUCUCCUGGAAGACGAUGAUAACUCUUCGUUUUCAACUUUCAUUCUUCUUCUUCCUCCUUCAAUUCGCUUCUUUUUCAAACGCUUCUUCUUCUUCUUCUUCUCAUUCCAAUCUCACACACAUUUUCCAGGAUAUUUUGAAGGCAAUCUCAGCAAAACAAAACUGGGAUUUAAACGAUGUGACAAUUUUCAACUUCGAUGUUGCAAAAAUUAGGUUUGGAACUUCCCAAAACUACCAAUUCAGAAUUGGUUCCGGUAAGAAUAACUUCACCGUCAAAUUCGCCGAUCAAGUUUCAUCCUGGAGUAACAAGUUCACUACACCCAAACCGGAUUUAGAUUCUCUUCUUAAUCAACUCAGUUCUAUUGUUUUCCUUGAUGAUGUUAAAUUGGAAGGUCCCUUUGAGUUGCGGGUUGAUCAACUUCAUCACCUUUCACUCUCUUUGCCUAUGAAUGUUUCACAUAUUGGUUUGAAACACAUAAUUGUUAGUGAAGGUAUUACGGUCGAAGUAAGAAGAGCACGGGAAAUCUCUUUUUAUUAUCGGCCGGAUCUUGAUCUGCACAUGAAUGGAAGUGUUGUGUAUAACAAAGGGAAGACUGAGUUCUGGUCCUUUUUGCAAUCUACAUGUGUGCCUCUAAUUCCCUUACGCAUAAUAGGUUCUGCAUCAUUGAUCGCUUAUGGAACUCGGAAUCCUAAUGCACAUAUAGAAACUACAUUGAUUUCCGAAGACACUGUUGAGUUGCUUCCAGAAAAAUGUUACCAUGGUUCUGUGUUCAGAAAGCGAUCAUGCCCGGUUGCUUCCUCAAGUUUGAGAUUAAGUUUGUUGGAGAAAAUUUUGAGAAGUCUUCUUGGUCAUAAGAUCCUUCAAGAUCGAUUUUCUGGACUUAUCAAAGCAAAUAUCAAAGCAUCUGCCGCUGUAAAGUUCCCCCUAGAAUUGGAAAGAGAUGUAGGAAAUAAUGUCACUCUUAGUACAUUGCCAGAUUGGAGAACAAGGCCAAGUGUCGAAAGGGUCUGGUUUGAGAUAUUGGCUAGAGUUGAAGAAAACAAGCUCAAGCCUCUUUCAAUCAAGAAAGUUAAACCUUUUAUUGAAUCUAAUUCAGUUUCUUGGGCCAAUUUAAUGUCUAAUAUGUCAUAUACAAAGUUGCGACCGGUUCUUCUUCCUCCAGAAGCUCUUACACUGGAUGUGAAAUGGUAGAAGACACUCUUGUGUAAUUUGUGAUACAGAUUUAGUCGAUGGUUGUAGAUUUAGUCUUGUUUUAUACAAGAGUUCGCAAAAUCUUGUAAAAUACCACUCAUGCACUCACAGUUGGUCUUGUAAAUACCAAAACAAAAGAGAAGAAAGAAGUGAAAGAUAAUUUCCUUUUACUUGCUUCAACAGGCUUCUAGCAGUGAGUUGAGCUCAAGUCUUUAGUAAAGGGUACUUCAGACGAAGUAGUCUGAACUGAGCUGGCGUGUUAAUCUGUGAUGGUUGCAGUGUCUAUGAAGAAUAAGAAGAAAAUCAGUGGACAAAAUAUUGAAUGUGAGGUGUGCUUUCUUGUCAACUUUGAAUGCAAUAUGCAAGCACUUAAUCAUGAUUAGUACAUUGAAGAUUAAUUUUUCAUAUAAACCUUGCCAUCUCGGUUUUGGGCUCUC